CCACCACAAUCAACUUAAAUUAAAUACUAAAUUAGGAAAAAAAGCCAUAAGGCUCUAAGCCACAAACGUCAACCUACUUCUACCUGCUUUCCUCUACCAAUUUCUCUCUGUCUUUUUCCUAUAUCUGCUUUGUUAUAUCGCACGAUGUAUCUCUUUUUUUUCAGGUGAUAACCAUGGCAAGAGCCGUGCUCGUGGAUGACAGGUUCUGUUUUGAAGAGGAAACCCACCUAACAGUCCACAAGACGUCUGUGUUUUUUCCAGGAGAUGGCUUCGUUGUAUACAACCCUAAAGGAGAAUUGAUCUUUAGGUACGAUUCUUACUAUGGCCCUGAUUCACAAGCCAAAGAUGAGCUAGUUCUCAUGGAAGCAACCGGCAAGUGCCUCCUCACCCUUAUUCGAAAGAAGCCAAGUCUCCAUCAAAGGUGGGAAGGCUUAUUAGGCGAGAAAAUGGAAAACGAAAACCCAUUUUUUUGCGUUCGUCGAUCAUCCAUCAUCGGACGGUCGAGCGUGGUGGUGGGCGUAUACGGUGAUCCAGGCAAGGAGUACCAGAUAGAGGGUUCUUUUCCCCAGCGUUGCUGUACAAUCUACAGCACUUGUUUGGAGAGCUCAUCGAAGGAAACGAUGGCUGAGAUCAAAAGAAAAGUGGACCCAUCAACUGAUUUAAUGUUGGGUAAAGAUGUGUUUUUGCUUCGUCUUCGGCCAGGGUUUGACGGUGCAUUUGCAAUGGGAUUGGUGCUAAUUCUUGAUCAAAUGUUUGCGGACACUUAUCUUGAUGAUGAAAAGAUGGAUCCGGUUGCAGAGGAUUCUUUCUCUUGACUAAGCCUUUUUUUUAUAAUAGUUUUUAAUUUUAGUCAAUUCAUUUUCUCAUUGACUGUUUUUGUUUUUUGAUGUUUUGUUUUAUUCCACUUUUGAGUGUGCAUAGAAGAAGGAAAUUAAAUGCCUUUUAAUGAGUUUUGCCGGUUGGUACAGUUACCAUAUUUUGUUUCUUGUACUGAUCUGUUUCGAGGCGGAGGGACAUUUUAUUUUCAUGUACACUCAGUUAGAUAUUGCAU